GCUGUAUCCAUAUAUAAAAGACAAUCACCGUUAACCCUGCGUGAGCGAGCGAGCGAGCGAGAGAGAGAGAGAGAGAGAGAGAUGUUGACUUUUGUGACGACACACCAACUAUCGCCAACCUGUGGAUAAGGCGCGCACGCACACUUUCCACGGAGCCAUGAAGUAUAGGGGGAAGAGGGGUGGGUGGGGGAGAGGCGAAUCCCGACCGUGGGAGUGCAAGCAGAAAGUUGAAGCGUUGUGCGCCAUAUACCCGCUUCGUGAAUGGCCCCAUUAUGGAGGAGAUGUCAUUCCAAAGAGUUAAGACCCGGCGGAGGAAGGGUCACUGCCCGGCCGGUGCGCCGCCGCUGGACGCCAUCGUGUGCGAGGACGAGUUCAAGAGCCAGGAGCUGGAGGCUCUCUUCCAGAACUACAACCUGAAGCUGGAGCAGACGGCCACCCUCAAGGCGCUGGCGGUGCUCAUUGUCGCCGCGUCAUCGCUGUCCCUCGUGGAGCUGCUCUCCAACCCUCGUCUGACGCUCUCCAAGGGCUCCAGCCCCGUGCACUGCGUGGUUUUCCUCUCGCUUUUCAUCGUCACUAAUGUCAAAUACCUGCAGGUGACGCAGCUGCAGCAAACGGCCAAGCUCGCCCUGCUCUUCAGCUUCACCUUCGCGCUGCUCUGCUGCCCAUUCCCGUUGGCCCUGGGCGCGUCGGAGCCGGCGGGCGCCACCGCACCCGAGCAAGGCGUGUGGCAGCUCAUGCUGGUCACCCUGGUGGCUUACAUGCUGCUGCCAGUGCGGACUCUGCUGGCUGUGCUUUUCGGCGGCAUGCUCGCUACAUCCCACUUUAUUGUCAUCUCAACGUCGAUCCCCAGGAGGACACAGGAGCUGUGGAGACCGUUGGCAGCCAAUGCGGUGCUUUUCAGCAGUGUCAACCUGUUGGGGGUGUUUGUGAGAAUUCUCACUGAGCGCACACAGAGGAAAGUCUUCCUGCAGGCCCGCAACUGCAUCGAAGAGAGGCUCCGGCUUGAGGACGAGAACGAGAAACAGGAGCGCCUGCUAAUGAGUCUCCUACCCAGGAAUGUUGCCAUGGAGAUGAAGGAGGACUUUCUGAAGCCCCCCGAGAGGAUCUUUCACAAGAUCUACAUUCAACGUCAUGACAAUGUCAGCAUAUUGUUCGCAGAUAUUGUGGGUUUCACCAGCCUGGCUUCCCAGUGUACUGCGCAGGAAUUGGUCAAAUUGCUCAAUGAGCUCUUUGGAAAGUUUGAUGAACUUGCUACAGAGAAUCACUGCAGGCGAAUAAAGAUCCUGGGGGACUGUUAUUACUGUGUAUCAGGGUUGACCCAACCUAAGGCUGACCAUGCCCACUGCUGUGUAGAGAUGGGCCUUGACAUGAUUGACACCAUAGCGUCAGUGGUAGAGGCAACAGAGGUGGACUUGAAUAUGCGUGUUGGCCUACACACAGGACGGGUGCUGUGCGGCGUGCUGGGCCUCAGGAAAUGGCAGUAUGACGUCUGGUCAAAUGAUGUCACUUUAGCGAAUGUGAUGGAGGCCGGAGGACUGCCUGGAAAGGUUCACAUAACAAGGACCACCCUGGAGUGUUUGAAUGGUGACUACGAGGUGGAACCUGGCUUUGGCCACAAGAGACACGUCUUCCUUCAGAAACAUCACAUAGAGACGUUUUUCAUCGUGCCAUCACACAGACGGAAAAUCUUUCCUGGUUUAAUUUUGUCUGACAUCAAACCAGCCAAGAGGAUGAAGUUCAAGACUGUAUGCUACCUGCUUGUGCAACUAAUGCACUGCAGGAAGAUGUUCAAGGCGGAGAUCCCCUUCUCAAAUGUCAUGACCUGUGAGGAUGAUGACAAGCGGCGAGCCUUAAGGACUGCAUCUGAGAAGUUAAGGAAUCGGACAUCUUUCUCAGCAGCCACCAUCCAGCACUCACCAGGAACACGAGUCAAUCGCUACAUUGGACGCCUCAUCGAAGCUCGGCAGACUGAGUCAGGGACAUCAGAUCUCAAUUACAUUACCUUGUUCUUUAGGAACAGGGACAGGGAGCGCAGGUAUAACCAGAUGUGUGAUGAUCAUUUCAUCGGCGCAGUGGUUGUCUCUCUGAUCCUGGCUGCAUUUUUUGGCCUUAUCUAUCUGUUAAUGAUCCCACAGGGAAUGCUGGUACUGCUUUUGUUGGUGUUAUGUUUCUGUUUUCAUGUGGCCUGUGUCAUGUACCUGCAUAUUACGAGUGUUCAGUGCCAACCGGGCUGCCUCACCAUCCAGAUACGAACAGUUGUGUGUGUCUUCCUUGUUUUGCUCUCUUAUUCUGUUGCACAGGCCUGCAUGGUGGGAUUUAUUCCAUGGGGUCGGGUUAUAAUCAGAUCCAACAACUCUAUGCAGCAUUCUCCUGCAGACAUGUUUGGUGUAGAACCACCUAACAGCACAGCUGCAGAUAGAGCUGGUCCAAACAUGGCGUAUGCGCUGUUGUCCUGUUUAGCUGGUACACUCACCAUUGUUCCCUACCUCAGAGUGUCUUCACUCCCAAAGAUCCUCCUGCUUCUCCUUCUGUCUGUCACCUACACAGUCAUAAUGGAGACCAGUGGGUAUCGUCAAGCUGUCGGUGGUGGGUUUCUACACACUCAGGGAUAUGAUCCUGUGUUGGCUGUCUUGCUGUUCUCUGGAGCUCUUGCUCUCCACUCAAGACAGCUCGACCUAAAGCUGCGACUUGACUACCUGUGGGCAUCUCAGGCAGAAGAAGAGAGAGACGACAUGGAGAAAGUGAAACUGGACAACAAGAGGAUCCUGUUCAACCUGUUGCCAGCACAUGUGGCCCAACACUUCCUCAUGUCGAACCCCAGAAACAUGCUGAUGGAUAAAGAGUGCUACCGGGAUAUUGAGAAAAUCAAGACUAUUGGCAGUACAUACAUGGCUGCGGUGGGGCUCGUUCCUACAGCUGGCUUAAAGGCAAAGAAUUCCAUCACUUCACAUCUAUGCACAGUAGCAGAUUUUGCUAUUGAGAUGUUUGACGUCCUGGAUGCAAUUAACUACCAGUCUUAUAAUGAUUUUGUCCUUAGAGUAGGAAUCAAUGUGGGUCCAGUGGUGGCAGGAGUCAUUGGGGCCAGAAGGCCUCAGUAUGAUAUCUGGGGAAACACAGUGAAUGUAGCAAGCCGAAUGGACAGUACUGGAGUACAAGGGAAAAUACAGGUGACAGAAGAUGUCUAUCGUGUCAUCGCAAACCACUAUAAAUUUGUUUGUCGGGGACAAGUCAGUGUAAAGGGCAAAGGCCAGAUGCUCACUUACUUCCUGGAAGAGCGGAGGCAAAGCUGCAGUCUAUCUCACCCCCUUCAGCAGCCCCGCAAUUCGGAGCAGCGCUUAAGCGCCUUCGGCCAAGGGAAUGUGUGCACCAGGUUGAGCCCAGCCCCUAUAGUGACCACCUAUGCUACAGUGAGGACCCCAUGCAUGGCUAAACCAACGACUUCCACCAGCACCACUAGGUACCUGCCAUCUGUCCCCACGGCACUCAUUUAGUUAAAAAAAAGAAAGAGAGAAAAACUGAUGGCAGAGCCAAGAAAGCACAAAGAAGCAGAGAAGGGUGUUGUCCCUCUCCUGUCGGUAGGGCACAGUGUGACUGAUUGAUAGCUGUCCAAUGGGUAGCCUGGAUUUAGCCCUCGACUGCAUCCAGGACUGAUCAUAUGUGUCCUCGACUGGACUCUCCCACCACAUCCGAGCCCUGUUUGUUGUUUGACGCCAAGGGCGUCAUGAACAGGAUACAGGAUGCUUUGGUCUCUCUGCUCUGUAGUCAAAAGCCAAGGAUGUGUCCAGGAUUUCAGAGCAAACUCCUAGUUGUAGCCACAACUAUAAUAAACAAAAUCAGCCAAACAACAUGCACAGUUAAUAGUGUAGCACGCAAGAGUCUUUGCAAGAAAUGGAAAAUUCCUUUAACUACAUUAGCCGACCCCUUUUUUCACAGUAUCCAACCAAAUCAGUGUUAUUGCCUUAUUAACGAGUUUUUAGAAUGAGUUUACUGCUACUUUAUGUUGACUUUUAAAGAUGUUAUUGAUCUUACACAGCAGAUUAAUUUAUUACUGGGGCAUUGCUGACAUAUUUAUUUAAAAGUAAUUGUGUAAUUAUCCUAUAAACUUGCUAAAAUGCAACAAGGCAUGGCCUUUAAUCAUUGUUGCGUCAGUGUACGCUUGAGGCCUCAUCAUCAUACACCUCUGAUGGCAAGUGAGGUCGACUUAAUUUUUGGACGGAGCUGCUCAGAUAAGUGCAUGAACCCACUGCUGCAAUCCAGUCAUGUUGCCGUUUGUUUGCCUGUAAUGCUUGACUUCCAGAUUCUUCCUUGUCAAAGUGUAGCAAUAAAACAAUUUGUGUCCUAUCACAGCAUAAUAACCUUUGCAUGCUAUAGCCUGCUGUACCUUCAUUCGAUCUGAUAGUUGAUUUAGCUAUUAGAAUGUGCAUAGUUAACCACGCAAAUCUGUAUAUCUGUGGAGUUGAAGCAUGACUUAGAAAGCCUAUUUUCUGCAUCAUGUGAGUGUAACUCAUUCCAAAUGGAAUUAUAACAAAAAGGAGAAAAAAAAUCUGUGUACCGUAUUUUCACAACCAUAAGGCGCACUGUAAUAAAAGCCGCAGUCUCAGUUACGGGGUCUAUUUCUGUAUUUAACACAUACAUAAGGUGCACCGUAUUAUUGGGCGGAAGCAUGGUAAAACAUAGGCUAACUUAAAACAUACAGUAGCAUGCAUGCACGUUAAAACAAUGUUUUUAAAAAGGCAGCGGGAGCAAAACUGAGUUUGGUUGUACUUUAUUGCAUCCACAAUCCAUUCACAAAUUGUGGCGUAACUCGCCCAGCGCUGCCUCCAAGCCUUAGUAAAUCUGUGUUCGCCAUCUGUCAUCCAUCACGCCCACGCCGCUCGCAACUUCACUUUGAGCGCCCUGUUUACACCGAUGUCCAGCAGUUGGAGUUCCUUCGUCAAGCCUCCUGGAAUGAUGGCAAGCUUCGAGUUAUCCCGGCUGUUCUUUGCUCAUUAAUCCAUUGCUCGAGUUGGUCGUCCAACUCGGGCCACCUCGCCUUGUUUCCGCGUUUUGUUUUUCAACUCAGCUUCGUCUUCUUGCCUUGGCGAAGCUCGUUUUCCUGCUUCCUCCACUUGCAAUGGAGGAAGCAGGAAUGGAUUAAUUGAUCUUGAAUUCUCUCGCGGCUGCUCGAUUCCCAUGUUCCUCCGGGUAUCUGAUAGCUUGCAGUUUUAACUGUGCUUCGUAAGCGUGUCUCGUCGUAGGUGCCAUUUUCGGGGGUCCUUAGCCAAACCGAUGCACAUACCGGAACUAUAUACCUACUGCGUGUCUUUUGCCUCCUCUGUCACGCACACCCUUCCCCCUUUACGUCCGCAUGCUGUCCUCAGUCACGUCCGCCUUUCCUCUAUAUAAGCAGCGUGUCAACAGGAAAUGCUCCCAGUCAGUCAAGCGGAGCGCUCAUCAAAGUCACACAACAACAUUUACAGAUUUUGGAACUCGGUGCACACAUAAGGCGCGUGCCGCAUUAUAAGGCGCCCCGUCCAUUUUGGAGAAAAUUUAAGACAUUUAAGUGCGCCUUAUGGUCGUGAAAAUACGGUAUUUGUUUAUUGAGUACUAUUUUUAUUGUUAAAAUAUUCUAAUAGUCUACUAUUUUUACAACCUAAAAUCUGCUUUCAUAUGUCAACUAAAACUGCUGUUUAUGAGGAGUCACAAAAACCUGUAUGUAUUCGUCAUGAGUAAAAAUUCAGAUUAUUUUGUGGAAUAGCAUGCUACACAUUGUAACAAUUAACUCUCCUCCGAUGGAGCAUGUACUACUUGGAAGCCGCUGGCUAUCACAUGCAUGCAAUGAUGGAACCUGAACACAACUCAAGCAGCAGACACAUUGGUUUUAUAUAGUAUGCACGUGCUAUACUGGUAGCAAUGCUCUUGAAUGUAAGGUACUUUCUUGACCUGUGUCUUCAAAAGCUCGGUGUACAAACCUCUUGACAAUAUUUCAGGAUAGUUGGACAUUAAUGGCCAUAUUCUCACAUUUGUGCAUGUCUUUUUUUUAUUUUUUUUUUUUAAUUACACACCUGGCCCAUAACGACAACUGACACACCGUGCGUAAGCGCCGAAUGUGUGCGCAAAUGCCAAUGAGGCAUGACUCAUUGAACUCUGAGGCUGGCUGUAAUUGCAGGAAGAUGGAGUUUAUAUGAGACUUGUGGAUGCCAUAGAAAUCCAUUUGGAAAAUAAUGGACACUUUAAAUUUGAAAUGACCUUCUGUAGCCUUCCGUUGCCUUUGAGAUGUGUGCGCCGCUCAUCUAACAGGCUACUUUAAAGGCCCAUGUUUUUCUUUAUUCUGUAUGAAGUACAUGGAAUACAAAUAAUGUAAUCAGAAUACUGUGCUUAUGACUGAACGCAUGUUUGGAGGUCAUUCAAUUAAAAAAGUGGGUGUACCUGCUGCUCUAUACAUCAGCAGUUUCCAAACCAGUGGCGUGGCUAGGCCUAUAUUAGGGGGGCUUCAGUUCAGUUGUUUAUGGCAAAGGUUUAUUGUCCUAGCACCCCCGAAACCGAUCUCCAGCCCCUCUACAAAAAUAUUGGUCUCCAGCUGCGUGCCUUUUAUGACUUCUCUGGCGCACACGGAAGAAUAUGACCAUUAAGUCUGGGGGUUCCUCUCACCUUCUCCUGCUAUUGUUGACGAUCAAUUGGUUUCAAAUGUGCCAACCUAUUUUCAUAAACAUAUCAAACUUUUUGUGUUAAGCUGUAGCAAAACGAAUGUGUGACUGGAGUAACUGUGCAUUUUCUUUGUUGAAUGCCUGAAUUUCUAUUCUUUCAGCUGUUACUGAGCAAUGUUUUUGUAUUGUCUCAAACAGGAAAAAAUGUUGGUACGGACACAUUACCUGAGUGAAAUGAUGUUGUACUACUUGUGGUAUUGAAAUUCUUUGACUGACUAUAUUAUAGCUCAAAUGCUUGCUUUAUGUUUCUAAAAAUGGAUAGAAAUGAUGACUUUUAUACAAUAAUUUAGAGUUGAUGGGGGUUGUUAUGUACAAUAUGUCCCUGUAAAUUGGUUAUUUUCAUACUUGAUGCAAUUGUAUGUAGGUAUUUCUCGCUAUUGUACAUUGUAGUUUUUUUUUCAGAACUAUAUUAUUAUUUCUUCUUUUGUUUAAAAUGUAUUUAUUGAGAUGUUUUACGUGAAUGGAAAGACAAUACAGUAUUUUGUACAAGUGUUUGCACUCAAAUGAUGUUGACCUAUUGUUAAUAUUAAAAUAAAGCAAGAGGGGAUUGUGUCA